CGUGUGCCAGUGGCCGCCCCUGGACAAUUGCCUCUGAAUGGUCUGCCACCUGAUCCCCAGGCCUAUAAUGCAUAUCAGCCGCAGCCGUAUGUAGGUAACACAAACGGUGGCCCUUGCCCGCCGUACUCCCUUGGGUCUGAUAAUAGGUUUUACUAUGGCGACAGCACCAUGCCGAUCCAAGGUCCUCCCUCCACAGAGGCGCUGAAUGCAUUUCCUUCUCAGCAAUUUCAUGCCACUGGCCAGCCCGGUGACUUCGACAUUGCCCGGCCUCGUUCCCAGCAUCCGUAUAACUUUCAAGGGGUGCCACCAAUUGGUUCUACCAACCCUGGUGUAAUCCAGCAUUAUCCACAUCCUUCUGUUUAUACCGCACCACAACAGAGCCACCCUCUCACUCAACAAGUCCAAGAUACAAACCUUGCAUACGCGGCUCACUUCAAUAACCCCGACAUGGGAGGAGGACAGUAUGACCCCCGUGACUCUCGUCAAACCGGUAUAAAUGAGUACUAUAGUCAAGCGCCCGGAGUUAUUUCUCCACCCUUUACGGGAUUUGGAGACAUGCUAAAUGGAGCUAUUCAAAACCAUAACUGGCUGCCGACGAUGAGUCCUCAUGACGAACCUCGCCAACAUGGCCGUGCUGAGCCUGCGCAUCAUCAUCGGUAUAUGUCAGAUGAUUCGGAAGAGCUUGAUAAUACGGACAUUGAUGCGGAUGCCAAUGGCAGUUCGCCGGAAGCAAUUGUAGAACCAGUGCCCUCUCUUAAGCGGACAAGAUCUCAGAUCACUUCGGGUCCGCCAUCAAGGCGAAGUCUCCUUGGCUCUUCCAACCCAAAUGAGGUCAAGAAAGUCAAGGCAUGUGUUCGAUGCCGGAUGCAAAAGAUGAAGUGUGAGCCUGACUCAACGGACCUGUUGGGAGAUUGCGUAGGGUGCAGAAACUACUCCAAGACGUCGAAAAAGACGAUCCACCGAAUGCCAUGUUAUCGCGGCAAGAUCACAGACGCCGUCUUGUACCGCAGCGGUGGGCUUCAGCUUACUAACCGCUGGAGAGGCACAGAGAUGAAGGACGUAGGAGACCGGGUCAGCCCAAGGAGCAUUCGCACCAUCUCUUUCACUCUGGGCAUAUCCAGACAUCCCAUCAUCGUGAAUGUCACCGAAUUCCGUCCCCGCGUUGGCGAUGUACUUGCGCGAUUCUGGACGGUCCCUGGUGGUGAGCAUGGAGUGCGAAAGAGGAAAGACUUGGCGCCUUUUUGUCUGGCCGAUAUUCAUAAAACCGCGGCGUACUACAAGGAAUAUAUUGAAGAACAUGCAGUCGAAACUUUGAGACGAGAGAGAGCCGGUGGGGAGAGAGCUCCACGAAACAUGGUCGAGACGACAUACAAAGCAGCCAUAGAAUACUAUGAAGACUUGACGGCUAAACCUUUCCUCACAUUGACUGAGGAGAAGGAAAGAGACUUCCUCAAGGUUUUAUUCCAUUUCUGGUUUGCCAUGCGUCACUCGACUGGGUCCUCGUGGAUCUGCGGCGAGGAAUUAUUGGAGAUGAAGCCCGAGACGAGAGAUGAAUCCUAUCCAUUGUUUGGAAAAGUAUCGGUGCCACGCAUGAUACUUGCUCAGUUUGACAGCAUCAACACCCAUCUUCUGCACAAGUAUGGAAAGAAAGUUCUUAGCGAACUCGAAGGCUUCAUGUCACGAGGCUCGACGACGAUGUGGUACACGGUCUUCCUUUGCUUGUUUAUUCUUUUGCGCGAAGCAAGCUGGUUGACUGAAGAUCGCUAUCGCCACGCGCGAAACAAUUUCAGCUCUAGUCUUCGUUAUUCGAUCCCCGAGUUUGUAGAGCAACUGCAAGAUGGUUGCAACAAUCUCCUUCAGCAUUGGCAUUACUACAACACCGACGGAUGGACAGAGUUCAUUGGUCAUCCCGACAGACAUAAAACUAGUCUGGCUCACCUGACUUCGGACCAACACGCGCUUGUGUUGGAUGCCUACGAUGAUGCUCAAACACAGAGACAAUUGGGUACAUGGAAAAUGUACAAGGAGAAUAACGGACGUGUGGAAAGUCCAACUCCGAAAGUAAUCGAGGGCAGAUCGUAUCAAGGGCGCCAGAGCCAUUAUGAUUGGGACCAUUCCCACUAUUGGAUUGCGCAACUGUUUGAAGGCAAUUGGGGGGCACAUCCAACGUAUCAGACAGAGCCGGUAUCCCCAUUUUAGAGCAUCCGGACUGGCAUAGGUGACAUCAUAUCCAAACAGAUGGGUUGCUUUGCAUGGUGAACACAGCGAUUGGGUAUUUCGGAGAAAAGCGACGGAUUUGAUGGAACAGGGAUAUAAAGGUACAGGUAAUCACUCUUUUUGUUAAACGCCACUAGUGCUAGUAAUAAUUCACUCUUUUAAAUUGACGAUGGGGUUUUCAUUAUUGGAUAUCA